AAAUCUCAUCUGUUUGGUUUUUUACAUUAACAUAACCUCAAAAACAAACACUGUCAACCUGAGUUUACUUGUUUGUGAGUUCAGAGCUGUUACAGAUAUAUCAACUUCAAAAGUGAUCAUUAAAAGUCCUCAAGUUGCACACCAGAUUUUAUUCUUUAUUUUUUUGUCAAAUCUCAUCUGUUUGGUUUUUUACAUUAACAUAACCUCAAAAACAAACACUGUCAACCUGAGUUUACUUGUUUGUGAGUUCAGAGCUGUUACAGAUAUAUCAACUUCUAAAGUAAUCACUGGUGUCCCGUACGGAACCAAAAAGUUGGAAAAGUUAACUUCCUGAGAAAACUAACCAAGACAAAUUCAUCAAACCCUCCAAAAGUGAAGUCAUCAAUAUACUUGUACAAACAAUAGUCUUUCAAACUCAGUAUUUUUAUAUGAAACAGUAGUUCCGUACGGGACAUUUGUAUUGUGGUUCCAAAAGUCACAUUAAAUGUAUGUUUAAAUGUUUUACAGCCAAAUUUCAAUAAGAGCUGUGCAGGCUGCGGAUAAUGACUGCGUCGUCGAUGUUAGUGUUGGUGUCUGUGACCUGGGAAUCAUUUUGCUGGCCGUGUCUUUCCUGGGUAGGCUUAUUGCAGCUGUAACCGACAUCCACGCGGGCGGAGCUGCGGGCGACCGCUAUUUAUAAUAAUGUCAUCGUAUACUUUUAGCGAUAUCAGUAACUAUACGCUAUUUUUAGUCUUUUGUUAUAUUUAUCUUAAUCUUAUGUUUAUCCCGGCUGUGGGCGUAUUAGUAAUUGUCUUUGCAAUUUGCAACAGGUUACGACCUACUUUCCAUUGAUUUUUGAGCUUAGAAGGCAUGAAACUAUAUAAGGACUGGGAACGAAACUCUUUCAUCAAGUGAGCUUCAGUUGUGUGACUACUCGUAUAGAUGAAAUGAAUUAGGGGAGACCGGGGCAAGUUGACGACCGGGGCAAGACGACGAAUGGUUAGUUUCUCAAAUUAGUUGCUAGGUAGUAGCACCGGUCGAAUGUCAGUAGCGCUCCACACGGAUGGCCUCUGAAAUAACUGGCAGUGAAGACAAGUUCGCCAUUGUGUGUGUUGUUACAGCGGCUUGUUGUUUUUGGAGUGCGUUUUUGUAACUUUCGGCCUUUGCAUCGUAAGGUUUAUUGAAUACGCAGGUAAGAUAUGUUAAUUUUCAAUAUUACCUAUAUUUACCUUAUGUAUUAGGCUACUCAUAAAUACCAUGUUUGUUUAUAUUUAUCUUAAACUUAAUGCCAAUAAAAUUUACCUACUCUAUUACGGCCGCUCGGGGCAAGAUGACGUGGGGCAAGAUGGCGUGUUCGUCAUCUUGCCCCGGUUAAUUUUACUGGUGCAAAGCUGAAACUUUUAAGAAGUAUGGUUAUGCAUACAAUUUUGAUUUAAGUAAACUAAUAACUGACGACACUGUGAGACUUAACCACUUAUUUAAAAAAAAUUUAAUCUACACUUUUGUUUAACAAUUUUACUUUAGAAUUGAAUUUUUAUUAAUUUAAUAUGCGGGUACAGAUUUUUAGUUUUACUUUGGUUCCAGAGAUGGUGAGAAACUACAAAAAGACUUCCUCUAGAGGAGAGUGGGAAAAAACCAACAUGGAUACUGCUUUCACAGAGGUCAAGGAGGGAAGAAUGACUUGCUUGGGAGCAGCGAGAACUUACAAUGUUCCAGAGGCAACACUUCGACGCCGACUGAAAAAGAACGUUUCGGAUAUGCCUGUCCAUGGAGGAAGAUAUAGAGAAGUAUUCAAUGAAGAGCAGCUCCAAGAUUUACACAACUAUUUGACGGUAAUGGACCAAAUGUUUUUUGGAAUGACCAAGUUGCAGUGCAGAAAACUCGUUUUUGAAUACGCAGAACACUUAGGGAUUUCUCAUCCGUUUAAUAAAGAAACUAAAAUGGCUGGUGAGGAUUGGCUGGCUACCUUUAUGAAAAAACACAACUUUAGUAUGCGUAAGCCAGAAGCAACAUCUGUUGCAAGAGCAAUGGGUUUCAACAAACCUAGUGUUGAUAAAUUUUUCUCCAUUUUGAAGGAAGUGCGAGAAAAACACAAUUUUCCCGCUGCUAAUAUCUACAAUGCAGAUGAAUCAGGACUAUCUACUGUGCCCAAUAAAUUACCUAAGGUAAUUUCACCAAAAGGAAGUAGAAGAGUUUCUAAAGUUGUGUCUGGGGAGAGAGGCAGGAACGUCACUAUUAUUUGUUGCAUCAAUGCUACGGGAACUUACCUACCCCCUUUUUUGGUAUUUGCCAGAAAGCGAAUGCGACCUGAACUCAUGGAAAGAGCUCCACCAGGUAGUGUGGGCCACUGCAGCGAUAAUGGCUGGAGCAACGGAGAGUUGUUCGUAAAGUUUUUGAACCACUUUAUCCUCAAUGCAAAACCCACAGUUGAUUCUCCUAUCCUGCUACUUGUCGAUAAUCACAGAACCCACAUAACCCUAGAGGCAAUCAACUUAUGCAGAGAUAACCAUAUUGUUAUGGUUGGAUUUCCUCCUCAUACAACACACCGUCUUCAGCCCUUGGACGUUUCAUUCUUUGGUUCGCUGAAAACCUUUUACAGUCAAGCUUGUGACAACUUCAUGGUCAAUAAUCCAGGACAGACCAUCAGUGACUUUAAAAUUGGUGAGCUUUUGACCAUUGCUUAUUUCAAGGCUGCAACUGUUGGCAAUGCCGUUAGUGGGUUCAGGUCCACAGGAAUAGAACCUUAUAAUCCACUUGUAUUCGACGAACAUGACUUUGCUGCAUCACAAACAACUGAUCAGAACCUGGAUGUAGGCCUAGACCCUAGCUAUAAUGAAGAUGAAAAUCCUACUAUCCAAUCAACAACAUCAAAUACAACAGAAACUCCAGGUGAACCUGAAGAAGAAACCAUUGAGCUGAGUGAACGCCAAGAAACAGUAGGCCUAGUAGACUGUGCCCCAAUCCCGGUAAAGAAGAAUACAAGUGUCUUCGACUUUAAGCCUUUACCUAAAGGUAAACCAAAGGAUAAGAAAAGAAAAGUUCAGAAGUUAAGUUCUAGUAUUAUAACAAGCACGCCAGUAAAAAUGUGUUUGGAAGUAAAGCAAGAAAUGAAGGAUGAAAAAGAGCGCUUAAAAAAGAAAAGAGAAGAGCUUCGAGCUUCAAAGGUUUCAAAGAAACUCAAGUUUGGACCCUACAAAAAACGUCCUAGGUGUAUGAACACAGCUUCUACUUCAAAAGGCAGUGAAGUUAGAUGUCCUGGGUGUGAAGAAAAAUACUCCGAUCCUCCAGUUGAAGAGUGGAUCCAGUGUUCCAAGUGCAGUGAAUGGUGGCACGAGAAUUGUACAAGCUACGAAGGUGGGGAAUUUGUUUGUGACUACUGCUAGUUUGUCAGUUUUUGUACAUAAAUAAAAAUGACUAGCAGCCUU